UUAGGCCUAGCCUAUAGCCGGAAUAUGAAUUCCUUUACGGAAGCAAUUCUCAAAACAGGCCGGACUACUCAAAGUAGCGACUUGAUCCUACUUGGAAUACCUACAGCUCAAUCUCCGAGCAUCGGCUACUUUCAUACCAUUCGUCCACGGAUCCUAGCCAACGUUCGGUGAAACCCCCUUGCCUUAGCUGAAUGUUUGCAUGCAUUUCCCGGUUACCCUCUGUUAAGCUUACUUGUGUCCAAGAUACAUAUCUAUAAGACGGCGGGAGCCGCUGUCACCUUUCACUUUGAAUUUACUUGUUUUCGUAUCGAUCUCCCCUCAUAGCCGGACACUUCGAAAUAAGUCACUCGUUCUAAUUUUAACCAACACGUUCGUUCUUUUGGACAUACAACUGCCAAAAUGAUUGUAGCUCGCUGGACUUUCGGAGCAAUCCUUGCCGCCACCGCGGCCUCCGCCUCUACGGACGAGCUUCAGUUCUUUGCUCGUCUGCUCAAGCGUCAGGACCCUGGGUCUCCUUCUUACAACUGCCACGAUAACUGUGGCCAAGCUAUUAUCCAGGGAAGAAACAGCGAGGAUGUAUGCAAUGACGAUAUCUUCCUAGCCGACUACAAGGCCUGCUUGCAGUGCGCCGGACCCGACAACGAGGACAUCUGGCAAUACUACGGGAAUGCCCUAACAAAGAGCGCAAGUUCAUGCGGCCUAUCAACGUCGCCUCUUUCCGGUGAACAACCCGAUGUGGGGCCGGCGGUUCCCGCCGGUUCUUCCAGUGCGACAAGUGCGUCGGAAUCUGCUUCACCUACUGCAUCCGCCACCGCGACCUCCAAGUCCGAGGCCUCUGAGACUGAGGCGCCGACUCUUACCGAGGUCCCUACCGAGACUCCUACCGGGGCCCCGACUGAAACUCCCACUGAAGCUCCUACCGAAGUAUCAACCUUUACCGGGUUCCCGACAGAGACACCCACUUUUGGUUCCAGCACCCAGGAAGUAACUCCAACCGAGUCAGCACCGGCUUCUUCCGUCACCGAAUCCGCAUCGGCGACGAGCGCUUCCUACACAGCCUUAACCACAAACACCCCCACGGGCACCAGCAGCGGAUACGGAAAUGGAACAGCACCCACCUCAUCCGGAGUUGUCGUAGCCGACAAUGGCGCCAAUUCCUUCUCCGGCAGCGCCAUUGGCUUCUACGGUGCGCUGGCGCUCGGUGCUCUAUAUGCCGUCGCGCAGUAGAUGUGGCACAGAAGGGAG